AAGAAAGUCAGAGCACCCAACAGCCCCACACUUUGCAUCGACACUCUGUCCCGAGCAGAACAGGGCACCCCCUGACGGCGUGUCACCCAGCACCUCCCUGCGUUUUCUGCACCCUGGGAUGUAGAGAAGCUGCAGCUUCCAGAACAGAGAACCUGGAAUUUGCUCAAGCCAGAAUCCCCCUACCCCUGACAGCACAGACACUCUGAGUUCAGCUUCCCACCAGAAACCAUGCCUCUGUCUGGGACACCCGGCCCCAACAAAAGGAAAAAGUCAUCCAGGAUCAUUUCAGACCUCUCCCUCAUCACACAGGAGGAACGUGAGGCUGAACCUGAUGCCUCAACAUUAGACCUGGGGACGAAGAUCAGAGCCCCCAAAGACAUCAUGCUGGAGGAGUUGUCCCUACUCAAGAACAAGGGCUCCAAGAUGUUCAGAAUGAGGCAGAAGCGUGUGGAGAAGUUUGUGUAUGAGAAUAACCCAGACCUCUUCAGCAGCGAGUCUAUGGAGAACUUUCAGAAGCUGGUGCCCACUCUUGGAGGACAGAUGAUGGAUGUCGGUGGCCAUGUCUAUGGGCAGACAGUGUCUCGUAUUGGCAGGCACGGGCAAGCACCAAUCCCUCCUCCCAAACCUGGAAGCCUGGCAAAAGGAGUACUUGCCGGAGGUGCAGGAGGGACCACGGGGGCUGUUGGCAGUAUUUUGGGCACUGGUGGUGCCAGGGGUCUUGCAGGUGGUGCUGGGGGGGAGGGUCUUGAAGAAAAAGGAGAAGGAGACAGCCAACAGGAUCAUGGUGGAGCUUUGAUCAAAUCUAAAAUGAAGUGCGAGGUAGUGAAGACAUACAUGUCACCAUGGGAACGUGCUAUGAAGGGCGACAAGGAGCUGACGGCCACUAUGAAGAUUCAGAUGCCAGGACCUAUUGUCGAAAAGGACAUGCCUAAGUACAAGUCUUUCAACAGGAGUGCAAUGCCUUAUGGCGGCUUUGAGAAGGCCACCCAGCUCAUGACUUUCCAGCUGCCUGAGAUCGAGGCAGCUGUGGAGGACCUGGAGCCUCCUGUGGUGUACCACCAUGACAUCGGCUCACGGCCCUCCUUCAACCGCACGCCAAUUGGAUGGGUGGGCAGCGGGGAGGCUGGCCAAAUCCAAAUGGAGCUGGACACCAUCCCCUUUGACGGGGAGACCGAUGAUCUGUGAAGGAGCCUCUGACCCCCCCACCCCCAGCCUGCUACUAACCCCCCAAUGCAGGCACCACACACCCAUAGGUCAGUCCCACAUCAUAAGCCCACACACAACCCCGCAUCCCUACCAUACACACUCAAACACACAUAUACACUCACAUGUAUAGUCACAUAGUUAUCAUGAUAACCAAUGAUUCAGGCGGCUUUGGUCUAAGCUAAUUGAUACAUUAUUAAAUCCUAAAAAAGAACUCAUUGUUGAGAAUCCUCACCUCUCUACACGUUGGGUGUCUUGACAGCAGGAACUGGGAAAAACUGAAAAACAAACUAGGCCCCUUUACACCAAAACAAAGCUCCAUAUAGAUCAGUGAUUCUGAAUUCCGUUCCUGACGCCCCCCCCCUGCCAGAAUGUUUUCGUUCCAACCCUACCUUAAUAUGCUAAAGCUGGUUACAGAACAAACGCGGCCUGCGCUGUGUGCGCCCCAUUAAAAAAAACAGCGGUGUCCGCUCAACGCACUGUGCUCGCACGGGCUUCUGCGCAAAGAGUAGGCGUGGUUUUCAAAACUCUCUCCUGUCAUUUCGGCUCACGGUCAGUAGCGAUGAUGUAUAUUUCGCAUUCAGAAAGAUUCUACGCUUGUGUGAUAUAUUGUCCGUGUCUGAGUUCCCAGAGCUAUAAGUUUUCCCUCUAUUUUGAUUUCGGUGCCUUGUUUCUAUUGAUCGCGCGACAAUGCGUCAGAGCGCUCCGCGGUCAAAGUUCAACAAAGUUCAUCUUUGACCACAGAGCUCGCACAAGCUCCACGAGCGGCGCGCGGUGCGGAGCACAGCGUAGUUCUCGCCGCGUUCGGUCUGAAACCGGCUUUAGCCUAUUAAAGACCAUCUGAGUCUGAUUAAGGUAGGGUUGGAAUGAAAACAUUCUGGCAGGGGGGGCGCCAGGAACAGAAUUGAGAACCACUGAUAUAGAUCAAGCAACAGAAAACACAGCCUGAAUGCCCAUGAACACAGAUCUGACCAGCAACCCAUCUCUCCCCCAACCUCCUUCUCAUAGUCAUUUGUUUCCAUUAAUGGUAUCGACUUUUCGGCAGGGAUUCACACAUUAACACUGAACAUACAGUCCCCCCCCCCCCUUGCUCCAAGAGUGAGGAGUGCAUGAGUACUGCUUGAUGGUGAUGGCAAAAAAACAGAGUGGAACAGGAGUGAGGACGAUACCUAGCUUUCUUCGCUUUUUUUUCUUGUGUAUGUGCAUCCUGAAAGUGCAUAGCUGUACCGCUAAUUUCAUUUGACUGCGCCUCCUAUGGCCCAGUCUUGUGUUUUUAACAGGGCUUUUCCCAUAAUGCAACAGACAGAAGGCAUCACCUCAUCAUAGCUAAGAGUACAACAUUACUUGCUCCCACAAUUACCAGAAGUUUACUUGCCUGCUUCCUUCUUUGUAACUAAAUCAAUGCAAUAAACUUUUCCGAGCUAAUUCAAAA